UUGGCCAAAACCCCAUUUUUCCGACUUCUUCAUGCUUCACCCUUUUGGCUGCUCUACCAAAAUUUUCCUUUCCCAAAUCUGCUUCUGUGCCGCGGUUGCCGCCGGCGUCUUCAUUCCCUGGAGAGUCCCGCCGGAAUCUGCAUCCCCCGAAUUUAUCCGCUGGAGUUUACUAUUUAUUCAAAAUCAUCAACUUGAAUUCAAAUUUAUCUUGUUUAGAAAAUUUUGGCAGCCAUUGUCCUAGCUGGGUUAUCAGAAUUGAGCUAUUUGAACACCAUAUGUAACUAUUUAUAGGGAGAACUCUGGUAAAGAUGAUCGCGUUAGCACCGGGUCGAUUAUUUCUGUUUGCUGGUGAAUCGUUUUCCUUUCAGAAGUUACCGCAAGUUUGUCGUUCGACUUUGUUUCACAGUGGUGUGUUUUCUCUUAACAAGGCUGAGUUGAACCAUGGACCACUUACUCUUGCAACCCUUGGGUUCAAAAGUGAGUUUCAAAAGACAGGAAAGAGCAAAGUGAAUAAAGUGACUGAGUUAGAUUCUCCCCGAGAUAUCUCCAAAAGUAGAGUAAAGACAGUACGAAACAACGAAAAAAAGGCGGUUGGAGCGAGAAACUUGGUAGAAACAGAGAUGGCUCCAUUUGCUGCCAAGUCAUUUUCUGAGCUUGGUCUCCCAGCCUUGUUGAUAGAGAGGUUAGAGAGUGAAGGCUUCACAGUUCCUACUGACAUUCAGUCCGCAUCGGUUCCCACAAUUUUGAAGAAAAACGAUGUUGUCAUUCAAUCUUACACGGGUUCUGGAAAAACUUUGGCAUAUGUUCUUCCCAUCCUUUCAGAAAUAGGCCCGUUUAAGAAUACAGCUUCCAAUAACAAUGACGAAUUUGAAAAGAAAAAGGAGAUAGAGGCAGUUAUAGUAGCUCCAUCAAGGGAACUUGGAAUGCAAAUUGUGAGAGAGGUUGAGAAGAUAUUAGGACCUGCACACCGGAAACUAGUUCAGCAGCUUGUCGGAGGUGCAAAUCGGUCGAGACAGGAGGAAGCUUUAAAGAAAAACAAACCCGCCAUUGUUGUUGGGACGCCAGGGAGGAUUGCAGAGAUUAGUGCAGCUGGGAGGCUUCACACACAUGGUUGUAGUUACUUGAUCUUAGACGAGGUGGACGAGCUACUUUCGUUUAAUUUUCGAGAGGACAUGCAUCGUAUAUUGGAACAUGUUGGAAGAAGAUCGGGUGCCGAUCCACAAGGAUCCAAAAACGCUCCAGCAAGAAGGGCUGAGCGGCAAUUAGUCAUGGUGUCUGCAACAGUGCCAUUCUCAGUAGUAAGAGCAGCUAAAAACUGGGGGUGUGACCCUCUUCUUGUUAAGGCCAACAAGGUUACCCCCCUUGAAUCUGUUCCUCCCUCGGGACCGAUUAAUCUGAGAGGACCUUCUUCUGGAUCGACUUCGAAUUCAACUCUGCAGAGUCAGACUGCUAUUGAUACUCUACCUCCCUCUUUAAAACACUACUAUUGUGUAUCAAGGUUGCAGCAUAAGGUCGAUACGUUGAGACGAUGCGUUCAUGCACUCGAUGCUAAAUAUGUAAUGGUUUUCAUGAACCAUACAAAGCAACUAAGGGACGUCGUCUUCAAGUUAAAGGCUCGCGGGAUGACCGCAGCGGAGCUACACGGGGAUUUGGGCAAACUUGCUAGAUCAACUACUUUGAAAAGUUUCAAGAAUGGGGAACUAAGAAUUUUAGUGACCAACGAAUUAUCAGCUAGGGGCUUGGACGUUGCUGAAUGUGAUCUUGUGGUGAAUCUGGAUUUGCCCACGGAUUCGAUUCACUAUGCACAUCGAGCUGGUCGGACUGGUCGGCUUGGUAGGAUGGGUACUGUGGUGAGUAUCUGUGAAGAGCCAGAAGUGUUUGUGGUGAAAAAGCUGCAGAAGCAACUUGGUGUGCCCAUUUCUGCCUGUGAAUUUACCGAGGGAAAGCUUGUCGUCGAUGACGGAGAGAAGAUCUAGAAUCACAAGGACGACCAAGACCGAAACCGAAACCUUUUUCAAAUUUGAGUUUGAUAUGGCUUUUGAAGUGAUAAAGAAACACUUCUAACCGAUCAGAAGUACUUUUUUAUUGCUUUUAUGUUGUUUGGUUACAUAAUUGGAAAAGUACUUCCUUCGAAAGUUUUGUAUCUCAAACCGUAGUUGAAUAAUAUUCGUGUAUACACCCUUCAAAUUUGGCUCUGGCAA